AUGGAUAAAUCUCCCUUCCUAGAACUGGAAGAAGGCCGUCUGGGUGGAUCUGAUUCAGUUCUUGCCGAGGAAAACAGCGCAAUUCAGAAUGUACCAUUAAAUGACCAACCUGAAUCCACUCAGUGGGCCGGGGGAUCCAACCAAGUCCAGUCUCGAAGCCUAUAUCCUCCGGUAGUACAGGCUGGCUCUCGUUUCCGUGGUCAGAAGGAGCUUGAUGUGAAUACGUGGGAUGAAGAGGCAGCGGAGCACCUGCAGGCCAUGCGUCGUACCCCUGGUGAUCUGUGUGACUGUCUACAACCCUGUCGGCGACCUCUGAAACUUCGCUACCCACCCAGCUCAUUGAAAAUGGUGGAAAACCUGGAGAAUGGCUAUCCCCUGCCCCGUGGUGUUGUUUGGUUCGUGCGUGAUUGUGCGGGUGGUGUCUGCAUGGUCAUGACGUGGCUCCUGAUAUCGUAUGCUGAAUUUGUAGUUUCUGCAAUCCUUCUGCCACAAAUCCAGUCGGCCGCCUUCUGCUGGAUCAUGGGAAUUAUCUAUCACAUAUUUGCUUUUCUUGCCGUCUCUUCACAUCUAAAGGCUGUGUUUUCGGACCCCGGUACUAUUCGAUUGGGCAAUGCCACUAAGGACGCUGUCAUGCGGAUUUACCUGGCCACAGGUUCCAAUCAACCCAUUGUCCGGUGUCCGAAAUGUUACUGCAUCAAACCCCCACGUACCCAUCACUGCAGCAAGGCUUCCGAUGCAUCCUCUGAACCUGCAUCGCCCGACAACACAUUAGUGCUUGGGAAUCUGGGUCCUUAG